AAAGACGUCAGGAUUUAGCGACUUCACGCCUGCGUGCUGUGGAUUCAUCGCUGAUGCAAGACAUUUUCGGCGCAGCAGUGUGGGGCUGGUCGAGGAAUAAAAAGUAGCCAGAUUUCAGUCACUUUUCAGCCCGCAAACAUGUCAGGUGACGAGAUGAUUUUCGAUCCCAACAUGACCAAGAAGAAGAAGAAGAAGAAGAAGCCCUUCAUGCUGGAUGAGGACGGAGGCGAGGGGGUGGGAGGAGAAGAGGCCAAAGAGGUGGAGGCAAAGGAGGCCGAACCGGAGGCUGGAGAUGACAAGGAGCUGGAUCUGGAUGAAGAUGAAGGCAGGAAGAAAGAGCCAUCCGAUGAUUUGAACGACCUAAACUUUUUCAACCAGAAGAAAAAGAAGAAGAAACCCAAGAAAGUAUUUGAUAAUGAUGUUGUUGAGGAAGGAUUAAAGGAGCUGAAAAUAGAAGGAGAGCAGACAGAGGUGCUGGAGGAGGACAACCUGGACCUGAUGCUUCCUACCAAAAAGAAGAAGUCAAAGAAAGUGGACUUUGAUGAGGGAGAGAUACUGGAGAAGGAUGAUGCGCUGGAGGACGAUGAGGGGAAGAACAACGAUGGAAUCUCAUUCAGCUCGUCCACGGGGCCAGCCUGGGCCGGCUCUGAAAGAGACUACACUUACGAUGAGCUCCUGAACCGAGUCUUCAACAUCAUGAGAGAAAAAAACCCGGACAUGGUGGCCGGAGAGAAGAGGAAGUUCGUGAUGAAGCCUCCUCAGGUGGUCCGAGUGGGAACCAAGAAAACCUCCUUCGUUAACUUCACAGACAUCUGCAAACUGUUGCAUCGUCAGCCUAAACAUCUCCUCGCUUUCCUCUUGGCUGAGCUGGGUACCAGUGGCUCCAUAGACGGAAAUAACCAGCUUGUGAUCAAAGGCAGAUUUCAACAGAAACAGAUAGAAAAUGUGUUGAGAAGAUAUAUCAAGGAAUACGUGACGUGUCACACCUGCCGCUCUCCAGAGACCAUCCUGCAGAAGGACACUCGUCUCUAUUUCCUGCAGUGUGAAACGUGCCACUCCCGCUGCUCCGUCGCCAGCAUCAAGACCGGCUUCCAGGCUGUGACAGGCAAGAGGGCGCAGCUCCGCGCCAAAGCCAACUAAAGACCACCGACACUGGGCUCCACCUCCUCUCUGCCUCUCCUUUCCCCUCAGAAGGGCCGAAGCUGGGGUUGGAUGCCCCCUUGAUUCGCUAAAAGGACUCUCUGAAUCGAACUGCGGGAGGGUUUGGCUGUUGUUUAGUUGUCGUGGCCUGACCAGGCAGGGAGUGAGAGAGUAUCGAAAGCUGACAGAUGGGGUUCAGGCACUAAGCAGAUGAUGUGUACUAUACACACUGUUGGAAGCAUUUGAUUUGUUGUCUGGCUGAUGAACCCUCCACCUCCUAGGUUUUUUUUUUUUUUUCCAUUUGCUGUGAUUCUUGAUUACUGCAAGAAAACCCUGAUUUAAUAUGGCUUGAAUCCUUCUUCAUUCUUUCUUCUCCCACUCUACAUACACCAGACAUUUAAGAUUUCCUCUGCUAAGGGAUCCAUUUCUCCAUAACAAGCCAAAUUGUAGUUAAGCUAAGUUCAUCUACAAUGACAGAGCUUAGUUGCUCUAGUAAUUGUAUCCCAUGUGGUCACCUGUUCAUUCUUUGAUUACACAUUGCUUAAACUAAAGGCUAUGUUCCUGUUUCUGGUCUGGCCUCAAAUCACAAAACUGCCAGUUCAGAGUUUCCUGCCCUAGUUUAUCAAAGAUAAACCGAAGUCACCAGGCUGGAGUACAAACAGGGCGAUUUGUCACUGUAACUGGUCUGUGACAGGCUCCUAGCACAGGCUUCUUUUGAUCAUUUUAUAGCGGGAGAUGACUGUAAAGUCAAACAAACGGGUUGAUAAAGCGGAGAGUACCAUCUCAAUAAAACUUUAAUAGAGACUGUGUGUGAGACAGAAAUUAUACAGUGUGUUUUGAGUGCUUUUGUGGCAUUGAUAAGCAAUUGUGUACAUCAUAAUUUCUUGAUUUGACUUCUGAAGUUAAGAUCAACAAUUUGAUUAGAAGGAUGUGAAAAUUAAUAAAAUAAAUUUUGUUCAAAGGAGCAGGUUUCUUGAGCCAAUGCUAGUCCCCUAACACAAAUACCCAUUUGCUUCCCCCUAAAAACAGCUUCUCAGCCGGUACCUCAGAUCAGUCUCCUGUAACAGGUCUUUAUUUUCAAGUGUGAUUCAAGACUUGUACGCCACAAGCUAGCUAGGACAUUAGUUUCAGUCCAAUGAUACUGGCUAAGUGAUACUUGUUCUGUUGUUUGGGAAUAAUGUGAAUAAGAAGGUCUGGCUGGAAUCAUUUUAAAACCUGGUUUUUACAAAAAUAAAAUAUUCUACUCUCUCCAUUA